GAGGUUUUACAAGGAACCGAAAAGGUACCGAAUCAACUCUCCAUGAAGACAUUUCCAUAAACUGAUACGUUUUCCUGUAUAACAUAGCUUCCAAAGCAUGGACCUCCUUGGAGAAUUUACCAGGAAGCCUACGUCAAACAACCCAUACAACGCUAUGCAGGUAUCACCAGCGCGGGCGAACGCACGCCGCAACGCGAGGACCGGAUCCUGGAAAAGCUUGGAAAUAAUGCUGUACGAAAGCAAUGACAAGAAAUGCGCUUUGUUUUCCGCCACGUACUACGAGCGACCAAGCAAUCUUCCUCCUACACAACAGAAAGAUUUGAAGAAUACGCGUUCCCAGGGUACGACCCCACAGUCAGUUGAGUAUGACUUCCGGGUAAAGGAUUCCAUUUCGACGCAAGACGAGGCACAAAAAUGCAUGGAAGAACUGAUAAGCACAAAGGCAGGCACGGGAAGUAAAUGCAGAAGCUAUACAAGUACCGUCAACACUAUUGCAACUGCAAGGAAGCCUGUCGGAGCGACAGCCUAUGCAGUGGUGCAUUACAACAGCCCGAAAGCCCACCGAACCAACCUGAAAGCCCGCAGCUCCAGCCAGAAAGCCGAAGCGCAUUUCGUUUCGAGAGACAGCGCCGACGGGCGUCCGCCAGACACUCGGCUGUCGACCAGGGGCGUCGAGUCGCGUUUCCCCAGCUGGAUCCCGUUGAGGGACCUGCGCGAGGCCGGCUCCUCCUCGGGCGCCCAGCCCAAGCUGAGCCCCGUCAAGAGGUGCUGCCCCGGUGCCAGGCCCGCCAAGAUGGCUCGAAUGCAGCGCAAGACGACCGCGGUGACGGCGACCGACGCGGCGAUGCCCCACCGUCGCCGGUCGUACGAGAACAACUUCGUGAACGGACAGAGCCUGGAGCUGGCCCGGUUAAGCCUAGCCGAGGAACGGGAUGAAGACGAGACCGAAAUGGCAAGCGCGGAAGCCGCACACCUUUCUCGGGAGGCCACCGCCGUCUUCGCCGGAGGUGCCGGAGACGCCGGCGACGUGUCGGCAAUGCCUUUAGCGUCGGGCGAAGAGCGCGCGGUGGCGGCAAGCGUCGACGCAGCGCGGGCCUACUUACCGCGGGGCACGUUCGGCGAGAGAUGGACCCCGACGUGGAUGUGUGGGCCGGCCGUAGCACCGUUCCGCCCAGCGUGCCGAGGUCUGCGCAAGCCGUAGCGGAAACGCUGCUCCCUCCCUCAACGAGCCUGGCACUCUACGUCAUCGAGUCUUUUCGAGUUUCAUGAAUAUUUUUUUCGCCCUUUGACACUUUUCUAUCGUUUGUUCUGCAUAAAGCUUUGAUACAUGCCUUAAACGCCCGUAGCCCACUCUUCCGUUUCAGGAUAACAGUUUUGUUGACCUUUUUGCGACUGCUCCUUUUACUGCGCGUGACCCGCCCUGCAGAUGCUACGGAAGGGUGGUUGAAAAAUUAUCUUCGAAGUUCGAAACAAUGAAAGUAAACAUUGAGAAAUUGUCGCUCACACCUUCACCUAAACGUACAGUAGCAAAAAUUUUGAAUAGCAUACGAAUAGUCACGGAACCUUGCUUCGCAUUUCUGAUGGAGCAUAAAAUAUUCCUCCGUAUGCAAUAAAGGAGUUUACCCUUUAUCCGUGCAAGCACGCCCACAUAGACGAAAAAAAUUAA